AUGAGUCGUGCCAACAAACUUGGCCCGGAGGUAAAUCGCUACAACGUCACUCCAGAGGAGCUCUUCGACCUCUUUGGCAAGUACGGGCCCAUCCGCCAGGUCCGACAGGGCAUCGCGAGCAAUACGAAGGGCACCGCCUUCGUCGUCUAUGAGGACGUGAUGGAUGCGAAGCAGGCGUGCGACAAGCUGAACGGCUACAAUUUCCAGAACCGUUACCUUGUCGUACUAUACCACCAGCCCGACAAGAUGAUUCGCACAAAAGAGGACCUGGACGCCCGCAAGGAGAAUUUAGAACGCAUCAAAAAGCAGCACGGCAUCGAUUGA